UUCAAUGCUGCCAUGAAAUGCAUUAAAAAUUACCGUACCACGACAAAUAAUUAUCACCAAAGUGUAGAGAGGAAAAUAUUAUUGUCAAAUCAUAAAUAUUAAAUUGCAAAUACCGACAAAUUGAUUGCGAUAAUCGAGACAAUACAGAUAUUUAUUUCUCAUUAUAUAGUCCUCUAGUUUCAGUUCAUUGAGUUCUCUUAUCCCAGAGUUAAAAUGUCAAGUGCUGAUCGAAUUGAUUUCGAAAUGGAAGUGGAAGUAGAGAGUGCAUCUUCAGGUCCGCCGAUUGAAGUGCCUAACCCAACAUCCCCGGCGCCUACAACACCAGGCAGCAAUAAGAGUGUAGUAGUUACGACUGCUACAGCCGGUUCGGUGACCGUCUCUCUCCAUCCUUUAGUUAUUAUGAAUGUUUCAGAACAUUGGACGCGUCUUAAGGCACAGGAAGGCUUUCCUCAAACAGUCGUUGGAGCUUUAAUUGGGAAGCAAAAAGGUCGUAACAUUGAAGUAAUGAAUUCAUUUGAAUUAGUGUUCAGUAUGAUUGAUGGAGACAUUAUUAUAGAUAGAGAUUAUUAUAAUAUGAAAGAGGAACAAUUCAAACAAGUGUUUUCUGACAUGGAUUUCCUCGGAUGGUAUACAACUGGAGAUGCUCCCUCAGAACGUGACAUAGCAGUUCACAGACAGAUCUGUGACAUUAAUGAGUGUCCUGUGAUGUUGAUGUUGAAUCCGGCAGGCAGAAAUGGUGAUCAAUUACCGGUAGUUUUGUAUGAAUCAGUAAUUGAUGUGGUUAAUGGUCGUGCCACAAUGCUUCUAGCACCUUUAACAUAUACAUUAGCCGCUGAAGAGGCUGAAAGAAUUGGAGUAGAUCAUGUUGCCAGAGUUUCAUCUGGAGAAGCUGCUCUCAAUAGUUUAGUUGCCGAACAUCUGACUGCACAAAGAUCGGCUAUAAAAAUGUUAGUUUCUCGUGUACGGGCCGUACUUGCGACAGUACGCGCUAUAAGGGAUGGUAAACUUCAGCCUCGACCGGCUUUACUAAGGGAGGCGCGUGCUCUCGCCAACAGAUUACCUCUGUUGACUUCACAGCAGUUCCGGACACAUUUCUAUAAUCAAUGCAACGAUGUAGCCCUAAUGACAUACUUAGGAACGAUCACGAAGGGCUGCAACGCUAUCAAUCAACUUGUGAAUAGAUUCAACGUGCUCUACGACAGACAGGGCAUGGGAAGGCGCAUGCGAGGACUCUUCUUUUAGGGCGGACGUUAAUAUCAUAAAAGAAAUGUAACGAAUGACGUUAAUAACGGGUACCGUCUGCAAAAUAUAUUGUACAAUUGGUUUUGUAACUGCAAAUAUUGUGAAUAUUUUGCUUGUGGACCGUAAUAAUUAUGAACUGCACGUACGAAUUUUUGUUUCAAAAAGCUCACAAAAGUGAAAACAUCUA